ACGUGUACGAGCAGUAAACUGCAUUUACUGCUGCAGCUUUGGGCUCCCCUCCCCCAAACUUCAUCAAGUCAAGUUCAUUCAUCAAUUAAAACAACUCUAACUGAUCAUCCUACUUGACUUUAUUCCACCUGUCGCCUCCCUCUUCCUUAUACCCAUCCCUCCGUCUAAAUAGCAACCUUCUAAGCACCGUUUACCAUCGGAGGGCCCGCCCUUUACUUUGUGCACUGCGCCUGUGCUUGUGCUUUGUCACUGCCUCAUUCCGAAUUGCGGGUUGGAAUUUAAACAAAUCGGGGCUAUCGCGGUUCUCUCCCUCGUCGUCGAGUUUGCGCGCACGCUAAUUCUACGAUCACCGUACCGAGAGAUAAUCCACCGGUUGGAUUGCGCUUUCAUUGCGCCCGACUCUCCUAAUUUCCUACUGACCACCUUUGCGAUCGUCCCAUCUUACUACAACACCUAACGAACAAUCAAUACCUCCUUACAUCGCUCGCUCCUCUUGCUGGAGUAAUCAUCCGCGUCUCCACCUCUACCUCUCUUUCAUCCCGACAAUACCGCCAAGAUGUCUAAGGUUAUGAGAAGUGUGAAAAAUGUCACCAAGGGCUAUUCUAGUGUCCAGGUCAAAGUGCGCGAAGCGACAAGUAAUGACCCAUGGGGCCCGACCGGAACCCAGAUGAGCGAGAUCGCUCAAUUAACCUACAACUCGUCGACCGAGUUCUACGAUAUUGUCGAUAUGCUCGAUAAGCGCCUAAAUGACAAAGGAAAGAAUUGGAGACACGUCUUGAAAGCUUUGAAAGUAUUGGAUUAUUGUUUACACGAGGGGUCCGAAUUAAUUGUCACUUGGGCGCGUAAGAACAUAUUCAUCGUCAAGACCCUGCGCGAGUUUGUCUACAUCGAUGAGGAGGGCCGAGAUGUUGGUCAAAAUGUCCGAGUUGCGGCGAAGGAAUUGACAGCUUUAAUCCUGGACGAAGAACGACUACGUGCCGAACGUAGCGACCGAAAGACGUGGAAAUCUCGUGUUACUGGUAUCGAAGAAUUCAUGUCAGAUGGACCUACAGUCCCAGCGCAGCGACGCCAGCGUCCGAGACGAAGCGAUGAAGAAGACGAUGCCGAGUAUAAACUAGCGAUAGAAGCUAGCAAGUUCCAAGAGGAAGAGGACCGAAGGAAACGCGAGAGCCGCCAGGGAGUCGAGGACGAUGACGAUGAUCUAGCUAAGGCCAUCAAGCUUAGCAAAGAGGAGGAAGAGCGAAGGAGACGAGAGCUAGAGGACAAUAACGCUAGUUCGCUUUUCGACGACGAUCCCGCGCCGAGCAACGCACCCCAGCCUACCGGCAUGAAUAUGGGUUAUCAACAGGGCAGCAAUGUUGAUUGGCUUGGAAACCCUAUCGAUCAGAACCAAAUGAUGCAACCCCAGCCAACCGGGUAUAUGAACAAUGCGUAUACUGGAUUCCCGGCGAACAAUGGCUACUCGAAUGGGUUCAACAACGGGUUCGCUCAACCUCAGCCGACUGGCAUGUUUGAUCCCUAUGGCCAACAACAGAACAACAGCCUUCAGCCUCCCCAGCAGCAGCAGCAAUUUCAAAUGCAGCCUACCGGAUACAACCCCUAUGGUCAGCAGCCACAGUUCCAACCUCAGCCCACUGCGUCUCCGGAGCCAGCCGUCCAGCCUGGUAGCAACAACCCCUGGGCGUCUAACGGCAACCAAGGCCAGUCUGCGCUUAAGCCGACACCUACUGGUUCCAACAACCCCUUCGCUACCGGGUUUGGACGACCUCAACCGACCAAGGCCCCGACAAUGCCUACUCUUAGCAGUUUACAGGCCCUUCCCGAACAGAAGUCCCUUCAAACGUUUACUCCUCCACCUCAACCUCAGCCCUCGUUUCAGUCUCAGCCAUCUUUCAGCCAACCUCAGCAGCCCCAGAAGCAACUUAGCGAACACGAACAAAGACUUAAUAACCUCCUUGCUAGUGGCGAUGGUAUGGAUACUUUCGGAAAUACUGGUGACCUUCGUAUCCCUGCUCAACAUACGGCACCGGGUACCUUUGUCAACUCAGCGGGCGCGAACGCGAACAAGCUUACUGCGGAUGCUACGGGCAACAACCCAUUCCUGCGACAGCAAUUCACCGGUAUGCCGUCGGUAUCCUAUGGCGCCCCACAAAUGCCUGCAGCUACAGGACCAGUGGGCAUGAAUGGAUAUGGUGCAGGAAGCAACCCGUUCGCAGCACGACCGCAACAGGGCAACAACAACCAGGGGCAAGACCUCAUCCAGUUCUAGACUAUUUCUUUUGUGAAGAUACUAGCGGUCCAGAUCG